AUGUCCACCCCCUCUCUUUUCGACGGCGUCGUUAAUUCAAACGGCAUCCUAAUGAUAGCAUUCGGCCCCAUAUUCCUCGCCUUCAUCCCAGUAACAAACUACAUCACCACUCCCAACUCCCUGGUCCAAAAAGCAAUCGAAACAUUGCUCGCUGCUAUUCCAGGCAGUGCAUCGAUCCCAAGCAAUAGGGUUAUCCCAGCUUUAUCUGCCUUCUAUAUUUUCUGGACGUUCGCAGCUACGGGCGCAGCUUCUGCGGCUGGGUUGGGAGCAAGUAGGAAGGAGGGAUUGGAUAAUAGUCAUCCAAGGAAAGAUAUCAGUGCCCUCAGAGGCCUACCCCUCCGCCUCCGCAGCGCACAUUACAACACCAUGGAAAUGUUCCCGAUCAAGGGCUUCGCACUCGCAGCCGCUCUAGCUCAAAUCACAGCUCCUACGAACCAGAACUUGAUCAACCUACUCGGUCUCCACGUCUUGUUGAAAACGUUCAUCUAUUAUCCGGCGUAUAUAUUGGAUAUUGCGCCAUUGAGAUCUCUGGCGCAUUUGGGUGCUACGGCUAGCGUUAUUAAUGUUGCUUGGCAAGUAGCUACUGGUGCUAAGUGA